AUGAAAAUAUUAUUAAUUAUAUAUAUUAUUUUAUAUUUAAUAAAUUUUAUUUAUAGUUUACCAAAUAAUUUUAAUAUUAUCGGACCAUUUCCAAUCGGUGAAAGAGAAGAAGGUCUUGACUCAUUAGAGGCUUAUGGAGGUAUAUUUAAUAUAUUGGUUGGGGAUAAUACUAAAUAUCCAUCAGAAUUAGGUACCAAUGGUGUUGUAGGUUGGAAUAAAGCAUCUAGUGAAACUAGUGGCAGUUUAUCAGUCGAUUGGAGUGAGUAUGUUGAUUGGAGCUUUUUACAAUCAGUUUGGGGUUGGUCAAUAUGGUUGUGGUAUGGAUGGGCAGUUGGUAGCUUCAAUGUUGAUACCAGUGGCACUUUUUUAAUAUCAUGUACUGGUACAAGAACUUUUUUCAUUCAAAAUGGAAAUAAUAAGGGCCAAAUUCAAGAGUUUUCAGGGGACUAUUAUGGAUAUGGAGUUGGUCAACAAGUAGUUCAGCUGGAACAAUCUACAACUUAUAAUUUAUUUGUAAGAAUGAGCAGUAGUGUACGUUUAAAUCAAUCUCCAAAUUCCCAGUUUUCAUGUUCACUUCAACAAGUUACCGAUCAAAUUACAAUUUUACAAUCUGAAAAUCUAGUGCCAGAUUUAGUUAACGGUCAAUUAGUUAGUCCAUAUUCUUCAAUUUCAGUAAUUAAUAGUGGCUUAACAACAAUUCAAUCUAUAGGUGUUUCUGUCCCAAUGGACCAGCCUUGGAUAAAAGCAAAUUUUUUGCGUGAAUCAAAUUUAAAUGUAUUACCAGGUCAAAAAAUAUCUCUACCAAUUGCAUUAUCUUUAUCUCAAGAAGCAAGUACUUUCAGUUGUCCAUUUCAAGCAGUUUUAAAUAUAGAAUCUGGUGAACAAGUUUUAAUAACAACAAAUAUAACAUUUAAUUGUACAAACUGGGGUAAUCCGUUUUUAUAUACCUUUUUAGAUUUUGACUCAACUGUCCAAUAUGCAAUUGCAACUCCACCAACAACAUCUUGUAGUGAAAGCAAUGGUACUUUAUGUGGUGUAAUGCUUGCAACUCAUGGUGCCGGUGUCGAAGCUUCUUCACCAUUUUGGAUGAAUGCAAUUCCAGCUCAAGAAAAUCUUUGGAUUAUAUAUCCAACUGGCCGUAGAUCUUGGGGAUAUGACUGGGAGUCAUCAUCUAGAUUAAAUGUUAUAAAUUCAAUUCAAUACUUGUCAAAUAAUUUACCAGGUGUACCUUCUUCACUUAAAUCGCAGUAUCAAGUAGACUCUGAAAAAAUAUUGUUUGUAGGACAUAGUAUGGGUGGUCAUGGUUGUGUUAGUUUAAUUUCUAGAUUUGGUGAUUUAGCUAUAGGUGCAGCAUGUGCAGCAGGUUUUGUAAAAUUACAAUUUUAUGUAUUUUAUAAUACUCGACCAGGUUUUUCUUAUAUCGACCCUUCCUUGCAUGGCAUUUUAAUGGCAUCAAUAGCAGAGAAUGAUAAUGACCUUUAUACUUCGAAUUUGGUGGGAUUACCAUUGAUGGUUAGGUAUGGCCAAAACGAUUCAAAUGUUAAUCCAUGGCACUCAAGAAGAAUUGCACGUAUGGUAGCAGAGCAAAGUCAAAAUGAAAAUGCAGUAAUUAUUAGCGAGGUCCCAAAUGAAAAUCAUUGGUUUGAUGGAAUUUUAAAUGAUCAAUACAUGUUAAAUUAUUAUAACCAAAUUUCAAACACCUAUAGAUAUAGUCAUCCAUCAAUACCCAAAGUUAUAACAAUUACUACCCAUAAUCCAGCCUCAUCAGGUUCUCGUGCAAAUAUUCAAAUACUUCAAACUUUAAACCCCUCACGUAGUGCUAAAAUCCAGAUUGUGCAAACUACAAACUCUAAUGGACAGUUGGUUUGGGUAGUUAGCACACAAAAUGUUCGUAGAUUUGGUAUUCAAGAAACACCAGUUCGUCCAGAAGGUUUACCAGUUCAAAUGGUUAUUGAUAACCAAAAAUUUGAAACCCAAUUUCUUCCUUCAAAUCAUUACGCUAGAUUAGAUAAAUGGUUACCAGAUUGGAAUGUAACCACCGACCAAACCUGGAUCCAAUACGAAAAAUCACCAUUAACCUAUGGCCCAAUACGACAAAUAUUUGAAAAGAAAUUUACAAUUAUUUAUGGAACAAAUACAACCUCAUCAAGUACCCAACAAUUAUUUGAAUGGGCAUCAGUUUAUAUCUCAAAUUUCUAUAAUACAUAUGGUCGUGGUUCACCAAAAAUUAUUGCAGAUGUAGAUUUUAUACCCCCAAGUCAAUGCUCUUCAAAUGAUAAUUAUAUUUUAAUAGGUAAUACAUUCCAAAAUUUAGUAGCCAGUAAAUAUCAAUCACAAUUACCAGUAAUGUUUAAUGAGGAUAAUUCUUUCUCAAUUGGUCCAUCACCAAUCUAUUCAUCAAACGGUAUUGGUGUAUCAUUUAUAGCACCAAACCAAUGUGGUCAAGGUUUAUUACUUGUAGUUGCUGGUGUAGAUGACAUAGGUUUUAAUAAAGCAUUACAUGCUGUCCCUCAAAGAAGUGGUGUUUUAGCUCCAGAUUUUAUUAUAGUUGGCAAUGAAUAUGGUUGGAAAGGUGUUGGUGGUAUUAUUUCAGCAGGAUUCUUUUCACCAAGUUGGGAUGUAGAAACCGAUUCCAGUUAUUUUGGUUUAUCACCAUUUUAA